AUGUCAAAAUUUGUUUGUCUUGAAUUUGCUCAAGCAGAUACUCGUAUCUCUGUGCCAAAUGAUCUUCUGGCCGAGGCAUCUCAAGACAGUGACUCCAUUCUUCAUUCGACAGACUCGGAUGUCUUUCUGGCCGACAUUCCACCUGAAGGUUUAGUCUGUCCCAAUUAUGUUAACCUUGCUCUUGAAGAAGCUAGGGCAGCUGCGGCCCCACCUCCACUAGCUUGUCAAGAAAUAGUGCUUCCACCAAGUCAUGAAACCGUCACCAAUUAUGCUAAUUUGACUCUCCAUGGGCCAAGAAUUCCAAAAGCAUUCAAACAGGUCAACUACAUCGUUAUCGAUCAUAAUAACCAAAGCAAUGAGGCGGUUUCAAGUAAUGUUGGUGGCAAUGCAGGGAACAACUCGCCUACAUCUCCAACCAGCUGCAUGUCCAUUCCUGAAUCCCCCAGCAGAAAAACGGAGAGCUAUGCUAUGAUUGAUUUUGACCGCACUGUGGCGCUAUCCAAUGCUACACGUCUGACUGAGGAUGGGGGCACCCGGAAAACUAGGCACAACAGUACAAUCAGUGAUAUGCCAUAA